CCCGGGCCUGCGGGGGGAAGGCGCUGAUUAGCCCAUCCUUCCUGCUGCCGCCCAUUCCCAGCUUCCACGCAGCAGUCGCAGGCAGCUCGCUGCCGGUGCCGGAGCGUGCGGCCGCCGAGGCCCCUCCAACUCUCGCCCCCACGCCGGCCCGGGUCGGGAUCGGGGCGCCUCACCCCCGCACUCCCCACCCCCCCAAGUCCGGACGCGCUCGCGGAGAGGGCGGUGACUGCGGAGAGGGAGGGGCGCCGCCCGCCUCCCGGGGCCUGGAGCGCGCGUGGCCCCGGAGCCGCCAGCGCCGCUCGGGGACUCACUGUGCCGCCAGCGCCGCUCGGGGACUCACUGUGCAGCGCGCCGCGCCCCGACUCGGCUGGUUCUGCUCGGCGCGCGGGCGAGCCAGAGGAUGCUGGCGGGCUUCCCCGGCCUCGGCCCGCGCUCUCGCCGGGGAGGGCCCCGGGUGCGCCCCUAGCCGCGCCGCCGCGGCCGCGACCACUGCGGGGCCAAGGGGAGGGGGCCGGCCGCGCACGCCAGCCCCGCGAGCCGCAGCCCUAGGGGCGGGCGGCCGCGAAUUUUCCAGCCUCGGUCGCCGCGCCGCCUUCUCCUUCCUCUGCGUCCGGGCGCCGGUGGAUGCUGAGGGGCAGGCAGCCCUGAGCCGUUCCCCGCCGGAUUCCCGGCCUGACAGCGGGAGAGUCGCGCCCCUGACGGGGUCCAGGGACCGUGGCGCUGGCGGGGCGGCGCGGCUCCGCAGGGAGCGGACCCCAGGCACCCUGAGCCCUCCAGUCCCCUCCCGCCACACGCGUGACCCGGCCCCGCAGUCCCCGCGCGCACCGGCCCCGGACCACGCGGCUCCCGAGUUCCCGCACAGUUCCAGAUGAUCGGCGAGACCUGUGCUCCGGAAACCAGCUCCACGUGGCUGCCGGAGGGGGCCGGCGCUCCGUCUGCCCCUUAGGUAGCCCGUCCCAGAGCCCUUCCUCGGGUCCCCGUCCACCUCUCCAGAGCCAGGAGAAGCAGACACCAGCCACGAUGCCGCGGACCCAGGGCUUCUCCGAUCCCGAGUACUCAGCCGAGUACUCCGCCGAGUACUCGGUCAGCCUGCCCUCUGACCCUGAGCGCGGGGUGGGCCGGACUCAUGAAAUCUCCGUUCGGAACUCGGGCUCGUGCCUCUGCCUGCCCCGCUUCAUGCGGCUGACCUUCGUGCCCGAGUCCUUGGAGAACCUGUACCAGACCUACUUCAAGAGGCAGCGCCACGAGACGCUGCUGGUGCUGGUGGUCUUCGCCGCGCUCUUCGACUGCUACGUGGUGGUCAUGUGCGCCGUGGUUUUCUCCAGUGACAAGCUGGCCCCUCUGGCCGUGGCUGGGGUCGGGCUGGUGCUGGACCUCAUCCUCUUCGUCCUCUGCAGGAAGGGGCUGCUCCCCAGCAGGGUCACCCGCAAAGGGGUGCCCUACCUGCUGUGGCUGCUGAUAACCGCCCAGGUGUUGUCCUACCUGGGCCUGAACUUCUCGGGCGCCCACGCGGCCAGCGACACGGUGGGCUGGCAGGCCUUCUUCGUCUUCUCCUUCUUCAUCACGCUGCCGCUCAGCCUCAGCCCCAUCGUCCUCAUCUCUGUGCUCUCGUGCGUCGUGCACACGCUCGUCCUGGGGGUCACCGUGGCCCAGCAGCAGCAGGAUGGCCUCAGGGGGAUGCAGCUGCUGAGAGAGAUCCUGGCCAACGUCUUCCUCUACCUGUGUGCCAUCGUCGUGGGCAUCAUGUCCUACUACAUGGCGGACCGCAAGCACCGCAAAGCCUUCCUGGAGGCCCGCCAGUCGCUGGAGGUGAAGAUGAACCUGGAGGAGCAGAGCCAGCAGCAGGAGAACCUUAUGCUCUCCAUCCUGCCCAAGCACGUGGCCGAUGAGAUGCUGAAAGACAUGAAGAAGGACGAGAGCCAGAAGGACCAGCAGCAGUUCAACACCAUGUACAUGUACCGCCAUGAGAACGUCAGCAUCCUCUUUGCCGACAUCGUGGGCUUCACCCAGCUGUCUUCAGCCUGCAGCGCCCAGGAGCUCGUGAAGCUGCUCAAUGAGCUCUUUGCCCGCUUCGAUAAGCUGGCAGCCAAAUACCACCAGCUGCGGAUUAAGAUCCUGGGUGACUGCUACUACUGCAUCUGUGGCCUGCCUGACUACCGGGAGGACCACGCCGUCUGCUCCAUCCUCAUGGGGCUCGCCAUGGUGGAGGCCAUCUCGUACGUGCGGGAGAAGACGAAGACUGGGGUGGACAUGCGAGUGGGGGUGCACACGGGCACCGUGCUGGGGGGCGUCCUGGGCCAGAAGCGCUGGCAGUAUGAUGUGUGGUCCACCGACGUCACCGUGGCCAAUAAGAUGGAAGCAGGCGGUAUCCCUGGGCGCGUGCACAUCUCCCAGAGCACCAUGGACUGCCUGAAAGGGGAGUUCGACGUGGAGCCAGGCGACGGGGGCAGCCGCUGCGAUUACCUGGAUGAGAAGGGCAUUGAAACCUACCUCAUCAUUGCGUCCAGGCCGGAGGUGAAGAAGACGGCCGCCCAAAACGGCCUCAACGGCUCGGCUCUGCCAAACGGAGCGCUGCCUUCCUCAAAGCCCAGCUCCCCCGCCCUCAUAGAGACCAAGGAGCCUAAUGGGAGUGUCCACACCAGCGGCUCCACAUCGGAGGAGGCUGAGGAGCAAGACGCCCAGGCUGACAACCCCUCAUUCCCCAACCCUCGGCGGAGGCUGCGCCUCCAGGACCUGGCGGAUCGCGUGGUGGACGCCUCUGAAGACGAGCACGAGCUCAACCAGCUACUCAACGAGGCCCUGCUGGAGCGGGAGUCUGCCCAGGUCGUGAAGAAGCGGAACACCUUCCUCCUGUCCAUGCGCUUCAUGGACCCCGAGAUGGAGACGCGCUACUCGGUGGAGAAGGAGAAGCAGAGCGGGGCCGCCUUCAGCUGCUCCUGCGUCGUCCUGCUGUGCACGGCCCUGGUCGAGGCCCUCAUCGACCCCUGGCUAAUGACAAACUACGUGACCUUUGUGGUUGGGGAGGUUCUGCUCCUGAUCCUGACCAUCUGCUCCCUGGCUGCCAUCUUUCCGCGGGCCUUUCCUAAGAAGCUUGUGGCCUUCUCAACCUGGAUCGACCGGACCCGCUGGGCCAGGAACACCUGGGCCAUGCUGGCCAUCUUCGUUCUGGUCAUGGCAAACGUUGUGGACAUGCUCAGCUGUCUCCAGUCCGACGCGGGACCCGGCAACAGCACGGCGGGGGCGCGGCUGGAGGACGGCUGCGUGGAGAACCCCAAGUACUACAGCUACGUCGCGGUGCUGUCCCUCAUCGCCACCAUCAUGCUGGUGCAGGUCAGCCACAUGGUGAAGCUCACGCUCAUGCUGCUCAUCGCGGGGGCCGUGGGCACCAUCAACAUCUACGCCUGGCGCCCCAUCUUCGAUGAGUACGACCGCAGACGGUUCCAGGAACACGACUUUCCCAUGGUCGCCUUAGAGAAGAUGCAGGUGUUUUCUAGCCCUGGGCUCAAUGGCACUGACAGGCCGCCCCUGGUGCCCUCCAAGUACUCGAUGACGGCAAUGGUCUUUGUCAUGAUGCUGAGCUUCUACUACUUCUCCCGCCACGUGGAGAAACUGGCCCGGACACUGUUCCUGUGGAAGAUUGAGGUCCACGACCAGAAGGAGCGUGUCUACGAGAUGCGACGCUGGAACGAGGCCUUGGUCACCAACAUGCUGCCUGAGCACGUGGCACGCCAUUUCCUGGGGUCCAAGAAGAGAGAUGAGGAGCUGUACAGCCAGUCUUACGAUGAGAUUGGAGUCAUGUUUGCCUCCCUGCCCAACUUCGCCGACUUCUACACCGAGGAGAGCAUCAAUAACGGCGGCAUCGAGUGUCUGCGCUUCCUCAACGAAAUCAUCUCCGAUUUCGACUCCCUCCUGGAUAAUCCCAAAUUCCGGGUCAUCACCAAGAUCAAAACCAUCGGCAGCACCUACAUGGCAGCUUCCGGCGUCACGCCGGACGUCAACACCAAUGGCUUUACCAGCUCCGCCAAGGAGGAGAAGUCAGACAGGGAGCGCUGGCAGCACCUGGCGGACCUGGCCGACUUCGCGCUCGCCAUGAAGGACACGCUCACCAACAUCAACAACCAGUCCUUCAACAACUUCAUGCUGCGCAUCGGCAUGAACAAAGGAGGGGUUCUGGCGGGGGUCAUCGGAGCCCGGAAACCGCACUAUGACAUCUGGGGCAACACAGUCAACGUAGCCAGCAGGAUGGAGUCCACAGGGGUCAUGGGCAACAUUCAGGUGGUGGAGGAAACGCAACUCAUCCUCCGCCAGUACGCCUCCCGCUGUGUGAGGAGGGGGCCCAUCUUCGUGAAGGGGAAGGGGGAGCUGCUGACCUUCUUCUUGAAGGGGCGUGACAAGCCGGCGGCCUUCCCCAACGGCGCCUCUGUCACCCUGCCCCACCAGGUGGUGGACAGCUCCUGAGGGGCCGCCAGCCCCCGAGGGCCCCGAGGGGAGGGGACAGUGGUGUGUCUGGGGUGGAAGCAAGGCCCUGGGAGAGGAGAGGUGACCGCGUCCCUGCUUCCCACGCCGCCCCGUGCACACGCCCAUGGACGGCAGGUCUGAAAACCUCCUCCGGCCUUCGUCUGAUCCUGGACGUGAGCUCGGGGGCCGCACUUCCUCGGUGCCCGCGGCCUCCCCCCAGCGCGGGGCUCCCGGGCGGAGCCCCGCGACGAGCCCUCCCUCCCCCAGAGAGGCCGUGGCCACUGUGAGAAGAACCGAGGGCAGGACAAGGCUGCUGGCGCCGCGCCGGGAGCUCGGGCGCAAGCUCCGCUUUUCAUUCCGCAGCCCCGCCGGGCCCUGGUCUGGGCGAGGGGAAGGGGCCCUGGUCCUGGUAGCCCUGAAAGCUUCUUCUGAAACCGCCGUCACCUUAGUCAGGAGAGCAGAAAGUGCAAUAUUUCCUUUUACCUGGUGGGAGGGAGGGAAAGGGGCUUUAUUUCUGAGAGAAAAAUAUAUAAACAGAUCUUCUACAUUUAUAUUUUUAACUUUCUGUUAACAAACACUCCACUAUUGCCUUGCCUUUUGAGCUCUUGCUACAGUCGCCUUUGCUACUGCUUAAAAAGAGAAUUUACAGGUAUUGAUAAAGAACAAGACUGUUUUAUUAAAAGCUUUAUUCAACUUA